GGAAAGGGAGGACAGGGGGGCAUCUGGAGUCGCGGUGAGAAAAUCUACCUGCGCCAACGGCGGUCAGGCUGUCGUCUGCCCGCAGGCCGCUGCAUGAAGCUGUUUCCGACGCUGCGUGACUUGCAGCUGCACGAGGUUUUUAAGCCCAUCGCCGUCCCGCGUGGAGACUGCACUCCUUGCCAGGGACAGGUGCAACAGUUCAUACAAAACCUUUCCGUUGACGCUUAACGGUGCAGUGGGAGGGUCACGUGAUGACACCAGCGCGACAGUGUCGCAGAGACAUCACCACCCUACGACUGAUAACUCGAUGAACAUUCAGGACGAGAAGCUAGCAUCACUCACUUUGCUUUGGUAGGCGAAAAUAUUUACUCGUCAGUUUUCACAAACUGCAAACGAGUCGGCGCGUUUUGAUGUCUGUUGGAUUCAUUUUCAAAUCAUUUAAGAAGAUUGGUUUUUUUCUAACGGUCAAGCAUUACGACACUAAGUAGUUGUUUUUAUUCUGAAAAGGAAAUACGUUCCUGGGAGACAUUCCUGACACUGUUACUCUUCCCCGUGAGAAGCGUGUGAAAUUCUCGAGGAACUUAUUUUGUUCCAUGUAGAGGCAAGUCAGUCCGUGACAGUCCGUCGUCUGCUCGCAACGUGCACGCACAUGUUGUGCGUUACUGAGUCAAGGCCGAGUGCAUAGAUAACAAACUACAAACACACACGCGGCAUCUGUAGGCAGGUGAAAGCACCUACCUGUGCUAACUGUGAUGGAGGUGUGCUUGUUCAAGUGUUCUGAUGGAGUGAUUCAUGGUUCUACAGAACUGUGAAAGUUCGGAGGGGAAAACAAACUUUAAGAUACCUGCGAAGGUAUAGUUCGAAGCUGAAUACCUGAAAACUGUAUCGAUAGAUGAACUAUUUCUCUUGACUGGAGGAUUGAAACCUUACAAAGCACUUCAAGGUCGACUGUCCAAACAUGAUUUCACCUGUACUAUUAGGUGCAGUUUUAGCGGUCUGCGUCGCUAGCCAAGAUGCAGACGUGGACCCAAGGAGUGACAACUCCUCUCGGUGGGCAUUCAUCGAGUACCACAGGCUGCACCACUGGGAGGAUCGUCCACCCCUGGGGCAUGAUGUGGCUUGGCUGACACUCAACGUGUCCACGGACUUCGGGCUGCAGAUCUGGGCCCGCUCCCAUCAGUGCUGGAAGUGUCCACUGGUGUACGUGACGGAGGUGAAUGGCCGCAACACCACCACCAUCCUUGUUAACACCACGGCCACCACCGACAUCAAGUUCGCAAGAGAACACAAAGAGCACUCUAUGGCUUUUUCUGAGGACAUCUGCAGCUUCACCAUAAAGUUCCGCGAGCAUGGUGAUUACUGGCUGUUCAUGGACUACUCCACGGCCAUGCAGCAGGAGAGCUGUGUCCUCUUGUUGGCUAACGACCCCAUGCCCUCCGAGAUGCCAAUACUGUACACAGCCCUCGGUCUACUGGGUCUAGCAGCAUUUUGUUCCUUCUCCAUCAAACUCUACAGCUGCUUCAACUCCCGUUUUUUUCACAAAGGAGCGGAUAUAUCUAACCCACGUGAUCUGACCGACAGCACUAACACCAUCGUCAGUACCAGCAUCGCCGAGACGAACGUGGAUAAACAGAAUGAGGGUAACGCCAACAUUGAGAACGGGGGCAUCGCGCCGUCUGCUACCUCCCCCACCAAGAAGAAGGCGCGGCUACGGUCACUGGACACAUUUAGAGGAAUCAGUCUGGUGGUUAUGAUUUUCGUCAACUACGGAGGAGGAGGCUAUUGGUUCUUUGAGCACCCUCCCUGGGAUGGUCUCACAGUGGCAGACCUGGUAUUUCCAUGGUUCAUCUUCAUCAUGGGCACAUCCAUGACCUUUUCGUUCCGCGGUAUGUACCGGCGCCAAAUGACGUCACAAGAGAUCUUGACCAAGGUGCUGGUGCGCGCCAUCAAGCUCUUCGCCCUGGGCAUCAUCCUCAACUCUGCCUGGGGGCCCGUGGACCUGCAGAAGCUGCGAAUACCGGGCGUCCUGCAGCGUUUUGCCCUCACCUACCUCGUCAUCUCUGUCGUCUACUUUUUUUUCUAUCGCAAACAAGACUCUCACCAGGACCGGAAGUGGGCUUUUAUUCGUGACGUGGUGUUGUACCUGCCUGAGUGGAUCAUUCAUCUGCUGUUUCUCGCUUUGUUCUUGGCUCUCACUUACGCUUUACCUGUUCCUGGCUGCCCAACAGGCUACACUGGACCCGGAGGGCUGAGUGAGGACAGUCGCUAUGAGAACUGCACGGGAGGAGCUGCAGGCUAUAUCGACGUCAUGGUGCUGGGCAAACAUCACAUCUACCAGUACCCAACCCCUAGUGAGCUCUACCAAACUAAAAUGCCCUACGAUCCGGAAGGAAUUCUGGGCACACUAACAUCAAUCUUUCUGUGCCAGCUAGGUGUUCAGAGUGGCCGAAUCUUGAGCAUCUUUCAAGAACAUCGCAGUCGCAUUAUACGGUGGCUGAUAUGGGGAGCUGUUGCGGGUGCCAUUGCCGCCAUCCUCUGUAAAGGCAGCCAGUACGAUGGAUGGAUUCCGCUGAACAAAAAUCUUUGGUCCGUGUCCUUCAUUUUGACCAUGGCUUGCUUCGCAUUUUUCCUUCUUGCUGUCCUCUACGUUAUCAUCGACGUGCUGGACUGGUGGGGUGGUCAACCUUUCAUCUAUCCCGGCAUGAACAGCAUCGUGAUCUACUUCUGCCACGACAUCUUCUGGAGGGUCCUGCCCAUCAACUGGGAUUUGGAGCCUUUGCACUGGAAACUCCUGCUUCAAGACGUCUGGGGAGCCACCUUCUGGAUCUUAGUCGCCUACAUUUUGUACCGCAAACACAUUUUUGUUGCCCUGUAAACGGGUACACUAUGGCCACCUCCCUGGCAACUGUAUCAUUCCUCAGAGCGUGCGUUUGUGAGAGUGCCUGUGUCGCUUCUUCUCUUCAAUUAUCACAUUCAUCUGUGUCAUUUUCAUAUGUACCAUGUUUAUAGAAAUAAAUCCUCGUCCCAAGUUCCAUGAUGCCUUUCAGGCAAUGUACAUUUAAUGCACUGUUAAAACUGUACUAGCUGUUAUGUAGCGAAACAAAUGUUUUGCUUCAAACCUGAGCAUCACUAUAUUUCCCAGCAUUACCCCACACAACCCUGUACAUUUCAGUUGCUCACACAUACCCUGCUUAUUUCUGCUGGCCUGGAGAAGGGUCAGGGAAAUUACAGUUUACUCUAGGCCUAAGAAUUUUUUGGGACAUUGAAACCCAAUGUUCACAUCAGCACAAGGAAUAAAUGAGAUUUCCCAUGACCUGCCUGCAUGGCAUGACUAUACACACGUAAUAAGCUGGAAACUUUGACUUGCUUUAUAUAUGCAAAUAGAAUUUGAUAGCUUUAAUUAUGCAAAUAGAAUUUGAUAGCUUUAUUUAUACAAAUGGAUUUGACAAUCUGGUUUAUUUAUGAAAAUCCAAUCCGAGGGCCUGGUUGAUUUAUUAACAUGGUAUAGGAUAGCCUGGUUUACUUGUGAACAUAAGAAAUCCUGCAUGGAAUAUGACAGCCUUAUUUUGUGGAUUUAAAAACAUUUUCUCCACAUGAAAGCACAUGAAUCGAAGUGACAUAACAGGACCAGCAUCAUAAAUGUGCAAUGUCUUAUGUCAUUAGUGAAUGCACUGAAUUAGUAAUAGAUGUGGAUAUGCAGUAAUAGUCUGGUAGGUAACUAACAAAUGCACCAUAGCAAUGACAAAGAAGAAGAAGAUACAGUGCUGUAGGACAACAGAAACACUGGAAGAUCAAUAGAAAUAAAAUGGCUGUGUAACCACGAAA